AGAGUGUCUUUGUUUAGAGCUAAAGCAACAUGCCAGGAAAACGCACUGCGAGGAAAAGCCCUACAUCAGAAGAAGGGUCUCCAGAGAGGAAGAAGCGCAAAAUUUGCCAUGCUUCGCACCGGACAGAGCCCGGGCUGGUGCUCACGCUGGGACAGGGGGACGUCGGGCAGCUGGGCCUGGGGGAGGAUGUGAUGGAGAGGAAGAAGCCGGCCCUGGUGCAGCUCCCGGAGAUGAUCGUGCAGGCAGAAGCAGGAGGGAUGCACACGGUGUGUCUCAGCAAGACGGGCAAGAUCUACACCUUUGGCUGCAAUGACGAAGGCGCCCUCGGCCGUGACACCUCCGCAGAGGGCUCGGAGAUGAAGCCAGGGGAGGUGCAGCUGCAGGAAAAGGUGGUGCAGGUGUCAGCGGGGGACAGUCACACAGCUGCGCUGACGGAUGACGGCAGGGUUUUUGUCUGGGGCUCUUUCCGGGACAACAACGGGGUGAUUGGGCUGCUGGAGCCCAUGAAGAAGAGCUCGGUCCCUGUGUUACUUCAGCUCGACGUGCCGGUGGUUAAAAUUGUCUCAGGGAAUGACCACCUAGUGAUGCUGACAGUGGACGGUGACCUGUUCACGUGUGGCUGUGGCGAGCAGGGCCAGCUGGGGAGAGUGCCGGAGAUCUUUGCCAACCGAGGAGGAAGGAAGGGCCUGCAGCGCCUCCUGGUCCCCCAGCGUGUCCCUGUCAAGGGCAGAGGCAACCGAGGCAAGAUGCGCUUCCAGGAUGCCUUUUGCGGCGCUUACUUCACCUUCGCCGUCACGCAGGAGGGACACGUCUAUGGUUUUGGCCUCUCCAACUAUCACCAGCUGGGGACCCAGGGCACCGAGCCCUGCUUUUCUCCACAGAACCUGACGUCGUUCAAGAACUCCACCAAGUCCUGGGUUGGCUUCUCCGGUGGGCAGCACCACACGGUGUGCAUGGACUCGGAGGGUAAAGCCUACAGCCUGGGCAGGGCUGAGUACGGCCGGCUGGGCCUUGGCGAAGGGGCGGAGGAGCAGAGCACCCCCACGGUCAUCCCGGAGCUUCCCAGCGUCUCCUCCGUCGCGUGCGGCGCGUCGGUCGGCUACGCCGUCAGCAGCGACGGCCGAGCGUUCGCCUGGGGCAUGGGCACCAACUACCAGCUGGGCACGGGGGAGGAGGACGACGUCUGGAGCCCCGUGCAGAUGACGGGCAAGCAGCUGGAGAACCGCGUGGUCCUGGCCGUGUCCAGCGGCGGCCAACACACCGUCCUGCUGGUCGCGCACACACACAACACGGCCACCCCCGGCCCCGGGGCGCGAGGGCGACCGGAUCCCGGGUCUGCUGCCCCGUGUCCUUGUGCCAGGGAGGACGGGGGGCUGCAGAGCUGGGCCCUGCAGCCGUGA